UGUUGCGGACGCGCGCCGCGGCGUAAGAAAAGGGUAGCGCUUUUAUCAAAUGGUGAUGAAAGUAGCGAGGGGGGUCUGUAUUUUUCUGGAACUUUGGUCGUUUGGUUUGCCAACUGUUGAUUUGUGACGCAGGCAACGCAGGCACGCAGGGACGCAGGCGCGAGCUUAGCGCCUAGCAGCUAUUUUUCGUGCUCCGUUGCGCCGGACAUGAUGUUGUAGGAGUAAGUAAUCGAUACUGUUGUGUGUUUUCCUCGAAGUCGAGGACUACUUUUGCAAGGAGCCUCCAAGAAUUACUCGUGCGCGCCCGCUGUCAUGUGAAGCUGCCAUGAUCUUCUGUGGCAGCCGCUGGAUCCGAGCUGUCACCACGAACCAUGACCUUCAUGCUCAAGAAGAAAAAGUACAAGUUUCAGGUUGACAUUCGUGUCGAGGAACUGACGGCGGUGCCCUUCGUCAAUGCUAUCCUCUUCGCAAAGAUCCGUCUGCUGGACGGAGGGAACUUCUCGGAGACGUCGUCCAGGGAGGAAGUGUGCAACCACUGCGUAAAAUGGGACUCCCAGUUCGUCUUUGCGUGCAAGAUGAGUGCCAACGCCGGCACCGGAGUCCUGGACCCCUGCAUCUGCAGAGUCUCCAUCAGAAAAGAGGUGAAGGGAGGCCGGUCCUUCCAGAAGCUGGGCUUCGCAGACCUCAACCUGGUGGAGUAUGCGGGUGCGGGGAUGACCUCGAGGCGCUACCUGCUGGAGGGCUACGACGCCAAGCACCGCCAGGACAACUCGGUGCUCAAGGUGUCCCUCGGGAUGACCCUCCUGUCGGGGGACCCCUGCUUCAAGGCCCCCACCCUGGUGACUUCGCUGUCGCUGCCAAGCGAGCCUGAGGCCUCGUCCCAGGUGGUGGCGGCACCCAAGGGGGGCGACGACUACAGCGGCAGCAGCAUUGCCAGCAGCAGCAGCGGCUUCGGCAGCCUGCCACGCAAGCAGCGACACAGCGCCCCCAACCCGACCGCAGACGGUCCCAACGGCUGUGGGGGCCCGGAGCCAGGGGAGGCACCCCGGAGGGAGGAGGGGGACUUUGAGCAGUGCCACUCGCGCAACUCCAGCUACAACAGCCAGGCGUCGCGGGGGUCCGGCUACGGCAGCCUCCAGUCGCACUCGCGCCAGGGCAGCUCGGAGUCCGGACACCUCAGGAACCUAAGUUCUGGCUCGAGCUACAGCGACACAUUCCCGGGAUCCCUGAAGCCGCCCGACCGGAAGCGUCCCAUCAGCAAGGUACAGAACUUGCUCUAUAAGCAGAUCACGGAGGAGCACCGGAUGGACUCCACGCGCGUGAAUGCGGACCAGCUGAUCGAGGACCUUAUCCGGGACACGAAGCUGGACGAGGCGUCGGAAGGGCCCGGCCUGCAGCUCUUCAUCGGCAAGGACGGCGUGCCGGCACUCAGCUCGGCGGCGCUCGAGACGGCCGCCUCGGCCGACUGAGCCCCGCUCUCCCUCUCUGUGCCGUCGUCUCGUCCGUGAGCCUCCCGCCUCUGCGCGGAAGGCUUUUCUGGGUGGCUGCAGCAUCCUUCCGAGGCGUCUCUCGCCUUCCGCUUGCGUUUGUGGCUGCUUGCACUCGCGAGAGCACCGGGGCCGGUUUCUGCGUCGGACCGUCUUUGAGGACGAAACUUUUCCCGGGCUCGACCUUUUUGAAUCUUGAACCGUUGCCAGACUUUGCGAGGCCUGAGACUUUCACUGCUUUCUAGAACAUGUUUGCCUUUGGAAAAGGGAAACGUGUUCGGUCUUUGCCGGGAGGUUGAUGCUACUGUUUCUCAGCACUUAUUUGUAUCGAGUUUUUUCCUCCAAUGAGUCGUUGUAACGUCGGCUGCACUCGAGGAGGCCAUUUCUUUGCACCAUUUGGGGGUUGAAAAGGUGGCCAGCCAUACGAGAAGCUCCUUUGCUCAUUCUCUUUUUAUCCAUUUUUUUUUUAACUAGUUUUUGCUAGAAAACAGGAAAAUAGAAAACGCAUUGCUGUAGCACACUCACUUUUUUUUUUUGUUUAUUUUUACCUUUUAAGUGCUUUAGCUUAGUCGGUAGUAUUGCGAGGGAAAGGAAAACCCGAGGAACUGUUGUUUCUGAUUGGCGUUUUUGUCACCUUUGCGAAGGAUGCUCUUUGGUCCUGGAGCAAGUUUGUUUUUCUCGUUAUUCUUGGGGAGAAGCGAGACGGUCGAGUGCUUGUGUAGGUGCCCUCACUCUCGCCUCUGCUUCGCAGUAAUUUGUUUCCUUUCUUAGUUUUUUGUUUGCUUCUACGCAAGUAGAAGCAAACUGUUGAAGUGGUGCACCAUUGUAAAAGAAUGAAUGCUUCUGUUUUCUUCUUGAAUACGAAAUGAGUGAAUGCCUGUGCCGUCGCUUUAUGCUUUUUUCUGGUGAGCCUUUUCACGAACGAGCAGGGCACGUCGCAGCUCUCGUAACACGUGACCUCGUUCGGGUGGCACCACUUGGCUUUUCGCGCUUUCCACGCAUACACGGGGGGGCUUCUGUCUGUAGGGAAGCCAGGACGGUUCCUGGGAGCGGAUGACCCUCUCCGUACGUUCUACUGGAAGACACGAAAGCUGCGCUUGUAUUCGUGGGUCUCGAAACUAUGUAGAAGUGCAUCGCUCUUGUGGAGUCAGUUUUCAGGCUGGAUUGCGUCUCCUGCAACAAGCUUUCCCCGCGCUUCUGUAUGUGUGUUUGUGGUUGUGUAUGCAUGUAGAGACUACUUCUGGAAUGAAUGGUGUGUUGAGCCCUCAGGGACGCGACACUAGCUGCGUUUUCUAGAAUGGAUGGGUCCAGCCAGAGCUCUCUGGUUUCAAAAGCAGAGUUCCUGUGGGAGGAGGGCUGUAUACAUACGAGUCUUGAACCUCUUAGCGCUGCUUAGGAAGCACAGAGCGGGCCUUUUUGCUUCCUGCAGCUCCCGUUGUUGGUCCUUAGGAGCGUCAGGCACUCUGGCCGUCUGGGCACAGCCUCCUCGCAAUGCCCGGGGGUCUGCGGUAAUGCUCAGCAGCUCGGUUGCACUGGCUCGUCCAUGCGACACUCCUAUCCAAGUUCACGCCGAGGGUCUGGAAAUUCGGCUGUUCUUUCUGCUCCAGUGGAAACUCGUGACCGAGAUUGUACGCCAGUUACUCUCGAUUGGCACCGCUCAUUGUCGUUUACUUCUUCGGUCUAGUCAUUUCUGUUGCUGUGGCACGCGUUCCUCUAGGCAGAGUAUGGAAUAUUUUUUUUGUUCUUCGUAUCGGUGACCUUUUACAGUUUACUCGAACACGAAGAGUGACAUGUUCGAGUUACCACUACCACGUGCUGUAUGCACAACAUAUAGUACAGACAUGAAGAACAUGCUGUAUUGGGUACUGUUCCAAAAAUGUAACUUGACAAGUUGCAUCAAAAGCCAACCAUUACACGUUAAUUUCCCUUCCUAAUUUUUGGGCCUCUAAUUAGGAAACUUUGCCUGCUAAAAAGUACAGCUAUUGGGGAGCAAAAUGUUUCCAAGUGUCAAUUCUUAGGACAGCUGUUUUCACUCGCUGAAAAAUUGUAUUAAGGUUUUUUUUCUUUCAUAUAUGGCAGAGUACUUUUUUGAAAUGUCAAAUAGGGGCCUGCAAUUAAUCUGAGAGAAUUUCACAGUUUUUUUAGAGAUUCUUGAAAACUUGGGAUAGAAACUAUGUUCACCGUUCAUGCAUGUUGACGAUAGAGUACAAAGGAAAGGCGUAAAAUUUAUGCGGGCGUUUAUUUAUGCAAGACGGAGAAGGUUUUCUCAUUUGCAAUUAUACUUGUAUUGCAUCUGAACAUUGAAUUAAUGCUGUGCAGGCUAGAAGCUGCUUGUACCACUGUUUUGAGGAGUUUGCACCCAAGUUUUGUGUUCUUGUCUGGCACCAUUCAGAGAUCUUUAUGCCUAAGAAUUGCGUUACUCUAAACAAUGCGGAGAGCAAGUUUAUCUGUUUUUUUUGUAAAGGUUGUGGCGAUGUCAGAACGCUGGGCUCCGACUGGCUCUGAUUGAAGGAUUGUGGGUAGACCUCAAAGCAAGCUGUCUCGGCGUCCUGACGUUACCACAAUCUCUACAAAAGAAGCAGCCAAACUUGCGCUCCGCAUAGGUUAGUCUGAUCUGCCCGAGCUAGUUCACGCUGUUUGGGUAUAGGCACCUCCGAUUCAUCCGCGACCCCUGCACCACUCUGGAGUCUGUCUAGACAGUCUGGACUUGCCAAAUUGAACGAACCUUUUGUUUGUUUUUUUCCUGUGCCUCAUCAAAGGUCUGAAGAUUGUACGAGUGAAUCUGCCUGCCGACGAAAAGUUAAUUUUUCCUGAACUGCGAGUAAACCGAGAGUUUAUUAUUCCCGUACCAAAUUAUAUAUGGUGCACUUUGGUUAUGUAGACAAUUACCAUUAGCAGUAAAAAAGUGCCAAAAAAUUUUACAGAAAAAAAAAAAGUAAGCCAAACUGGUGCAAUUUCGGAUGCCCUCUUUGGAACCGGGCAGAAUAUUCUUUUCCGGAUGUCUAUUGCCGGCCUGGAUUUUAAAUUUGCAAAAUAAGCGGAGGUUCGUCAGUUGUACGAAUGUUUCAUGUUUUUACUAACAAAAUAAACUGAGUAUUAAUGUGG